AUGCGAAUUCGAGUCCGCGGACCUUCGGGUCAGUCCACAAUCACCUUGGAUGAAUCUUCAACCAUCAAAGAGCUCAGAGAUCAAAUUGCGGAGAAAACUGAUCUGGUAACCUUCGAUGUGAAAUACGGCUACCCCCUCAAGCCGCUCGACCUAGACGACUAUCCAUCGAGCCAAAAGCUCGGCGAGACCGGUAUCAAGCUCAACGGCGAGUCACUCAUCGUUGCACAGAAGGAGGGUACUGCUCGGCCGGGCAACGAUGAUGCGCCAGCACAGCCCGCCACAAGUACCCGCCCAGCCCCAGCACAAGCUUCCAGGCCCCAGAUGCCUGAGAGCUCCGCGGACGAUCCACCCGAGAUAGCCUCCCCGGAACACGCAGGAACAUUCGUCCUUCGCGUCAUGCCCGACGACAAUUCAUGUCUCUUCCGAGCGGUAGGCGCUGCGGUGAUGGGUGACAUGGAUACAAUGGUUGAACUCAGAUCGAUCAUCGCCGGCGCCAUCCAAUCCAAUCCGGAAGAGUACUCAGCGGCUAUUUUGGGGAAGAAGCCAGAUGAGUAUUGUACCUGGAUCCAAAAUGAAGACUCUUGGGGUGGUGCCAUCGAACUCAAAAUCCUGAGCGAGUAUUUUAACAUCGAGAUCUGCUCCAUCGACGUACAAACUCUGAAUUUGUUCCAAUUUAACGAGGGUGCGCCUACGCGUUGCAUUGUGGUUUAUUCGGGAAUUCACUAUGAUGUUCUUGCGUUGUCGCCCUCCAGUCCACCCUAUACCCGUGCCAAUCCUUUGGCGCACGAGGAUACUAAGAUCUUCGAGGCAGUUGAUCCAAUCGUGUUGGAAAAGGCCAAAGAGUUGUGUCGAGUGCUGCAAAACAAGCACUAUUACACUGAUACUUCUGGGUUUACUGUCCGCUGCAAUACCUGCGGCGGCACCUUUACCGGAGAGCGGGGUGCCACCAAGCAUGCCGCGGAGACCGGCCACUAUGACUUCGGAGAGGCGAAUUAG